GAUUAAGUUACCCUUGCGGAGGCUCCUAAACGGAGAUGUGCUCCGCAAGUGCCUGUUUCCUUCGGGGUGUUAAAUUUUCAUAGAGAUAUAAAACGUUUAGAGUUGCGCGUUUAGAGUUGCGCACAGGCUUGGAGCCGGAAUUAGAACUUCCGGGCUACAAUGGCAAUAGUUUCGCUUCCAAAGUAAAGUUGAAGAAUAUCACCAUAGAGAUGCCAGGACCAGAAGGAUCUCACACUGCCCCUAUAGUCAGAAAAACCUAAAGGUUUUUUUAAACAUUUAUUUAUUUUAUGACAAUGGCAUAAUAAUAUAAAGGCGACUUCCAAUUUCCCCUCCAGCGGCAGUUGUUUGUUACUCUAGUCUGUUCUUAUCUGUUUGUUCCCUUCACGAAGACCACAAAGAGGAGCUCUGUGAUUGGCUAAAUGCUCGCCCUCAUCAUUUCCACGCAGUGUUGCUCGUUCUGAUUGCGCAUGCACGGGGAAUUCUGGCUGGCUGGAGUUGGACGUUGCUAUGACAACGCGUCCCCCCUCCCCAUCUUCCGGCAGCAACGAACCAUGAUGGGGCUAGAGUCCAUCCCAAAGCCCCUGGAGCACAAAGCGAAGAUAUGUAUGUGGAAAUACCUUGAUGUUCACGCCAUGGCUCUCAUCGAUAAGGCCCAAACCACCGAUGAUCUGAAGAACAUCCUCUCCAACCUGUUUAAUCUGCAGGAUUUCAGUUCAAACCCACGAGCUGCUAUCUUACUGGAUCUGUACUUCUACACCAUCCUGUUCAGCCGGGAGCAGGGCUUCAACCCGGAACAGACCUCAGCCUUCUUCUCAAUCGUGAAGGACAUACAUGAGGCCUGCAUUGAAACACCACUACCCAACGUGGAGGAAUGCUACAGCUACUUCUCCGAACUUGUUUUCUGCCAUUCCAUUCGGAGGCCCCCCUUCAGCAUUGAUCUCUUCAAUCAGGACCAGCUCGUGCUGAUAACUGACUACGUGAUCAACACCUACUUUCGACAUUUCAAACUUUACAAAUACGCUUUCACUCCACAGGUGCGAUUGGACAUAUCUUUUUCUUAUAUUGGGCUGCCCGAAGAGUCUCUAGAAGAAGAAGCCAUGGCUGAGAGCACAGAAGCUUUGUCCCCUUUGCUGGAGGGUGCUGAAGAGGCAGCCGCUGCACCAGAAGAAAGCCCCACCGCUGUGCUGCGGGAGUACAUCACAUCCCAGCUCAAUCACGAGAUGGCCGAGCUGCGCCUUGCAAUGGAGCAGCGCUUAAAAGCAACGGAGGAACAGUUCAACAGCAAGCUAGCCCAGCUGGAGAAGGGGAGCAGUGCUCGCAAGACAAGUGCCAAGGGCAAGAAAAAGUGAGCCGGUGGAGGGCUGCCAGCAGCAAGAGACCCAAUUUUUUAGAUGAGAACGUUGCCGCCGCCGCCACCUCCUUACGAAGAUGUUCUAAGGGACCCUCUAUAAAUAAUCUCAUACCAUCACAGGUGGGGAGAAUCUAGAGACCUUGUGACCAUGGAGUGUAUAUUGGCUAAAAUGGGGGCAACAGACAGACCUUUGAAAAGGCUUUUUAAACUAUGCUAUGUAGCUUACAGUCGAUGUAUUGAUAUCUGUAGUAGUAUCUGAUCUGUAUAGUAAUAUCUGUGUGUGUGAUGUAAAGACAUUAAAGACCUUUCCAGUCA